AUGGCAAAAAUCAUUCUGAGGCAUCUCAUAGAGACUCCGGUGCGAUACCAGGAGCAGUUUGAAGCUCGUGGGUUGGAGGACUGCAGGCUGGAUCACGCCUUGUAUGCCCUGCCCGGGCCAAGCAUCGUGGACCUGGGCAAAGCCAUGGCGGCCCAGCGCCCUGCCGGGGACUCUGCAGAGCCGCGGCCUGGAGCGGGCGGCUCCCGCUUUCAGAUCCUGCUGGAUGUGGUCCAGUUCCUUCCGGAAGACAUCAUCAUCCAGACCUUCGAGGGCUGGCUGCUGAUUAAGGCUCAGCACGGGACCCGGAUGGACGAGCACGGUUUUAUCUCCAGAAGCUUUACCCGGCAGUACAAGCUGCCAGAGGGCGUUGAAACCAAAGACUUGUCUGCCAUCCUCUGCCAUGACGGGAUCUUGGUAGUGGAAGUAAAGGACCCCAUAGGGACCAAGUGAAGCCUCCGGCUCCUGUCCACGUGUCAUGAAGACUCUAGUGCAGCCAGUGGACGGAAGUGCUUGCACGACCCAUGUUUGCAGUGAUGGACUAGGAUUUUGAUGAAGAUUAAAAAAAUAUAUUUA